GUAAGCAGGCAGCCACGGCUCUCGGGAUGUCUCUGAGAAUCCAGCUGGGUCUCUCCUGUCUCAUCGCCGUGGCAACGGCCGCCGCUCCUCAGUACUUUUUUGUGAAGCAGUCUCUGACGUGGCUCGAGGCGCUCUCGUACUGCCGCUCUCAGUACACGGACCUGGUGAGCACUCUCUCCGACCUGGAGCUUUACACCGUGUCGGCAGUGACCAUGUUCAACGAGGCGUGGAUUGGCUACCACCUCUGCAACCCGGGCUCCUGGCGCUGGAGUAACGGGGCCACGGGGGCCUACACCAGGUGGAACUUGGGGGAACCCAGCCAGGUCUCCAACGCCUGCGUCCGGGUGAUUGGCGGCAAAUGGAGCGACGCCGACUGCGGCUCCCGCUACUACUUUAUGUGCUACAAGCUAUUAGACGCCACUGUCCCAGAGCUUCCCAGCACCUGUCAGUGGCCCCUGAAGCCGACCACGCCUGGAUCCUUGAGCACCGGAGGCCCCGAUAUCACUGCUUUCUCCCCAAGGUGGUCCACCAAUAGUAACCAGGAUCAGAAGGGCCCGGGGAGCCCUCAGAUCACGCCUGUACGCGGGACGAGUCCACGUGUGGCCCCUGGGACCUCGUCUGAGUCCAGUGAUUCCUCCGACACGCCCGCCGUUUCUUCUCAGUCACCAGGCACCGCCGGCUCCCCCAUGUCUACGGCCCAGGAGCCCACAAGCCACGACGUGACCAAUGCCACAGAAAUGGUGUCUCUGCAUUUGGUGCUGACCCCCAUGACGUGGGCAGAGUCCCGCUCGUACUGUCGACAGCAUCACACAGACCUGGCCGUAGUCUCCAUCCCCGAGGAACAAAGCACCAUUUCUGUCCUGCUGUCGGGGAUGACGUCUGGCGGAAAAUACUGGAUUGGCCUUCGACAAAACCGGUUCUGGGGCCAUUGGUACUGGAGCGGAGGACACGUCUGGGGGAACUCCACUGCCUGGGGGGCCGGAGAGCCGCAGGAUCCGCUCUCCCAAGCUUGUGGCCUCCUGUCAGCAGGCGACCUUCGAUGGAACUCCGCUUGCUGUGGGGAGAGGCUGCCGUUUGUCUGUUAUGAGGAUUUAUAACGAGGAAGUGAGCCCUACCCUCGCCCCGAAUCGGGUGAUCUUCACAGCGAGCGUUUCUUUCAGAGGAGUUCUGAUAUGUGUCCUGUGUGUAUCCCACACUGAAAUACACGCGUGUGAAGUUCCUUUAUCCGUGGUGUGGACUGUGUGCCGGGAGAUUUCCUGUGAGUCCCCUCAGCGAGGUCCUCCACGCACUCUCCGGCACGCACUCUCGCACCUCUUAACCCACUUACUCACCAGGUAGUCCACUUAGGACCCACGUCCCGGCGGAGACAUUGUUUUCUUUAUGGCUCGGGGUAGUACCGCUCUGUGGCCCCGGCACGUCGGUAACUUGAUGCAGCCGUGUUUUGGGAACCGUUUCAUGUUGACUCCUAUUAAAUUGCGAUGGACGUU